AUGAGAUGGGCCGGACACGUAAUGCGUAUGAAUGAGAACCGAUGGACAGGAGCCGUUAGUGACUGGAUUCCUCGGGAUGUUAAACGUACUGCAGGAAGACCACCGACCUGCUGGGUUAGGGAGCAGAACUAUGAGCGCAACUGUUCGAAAAUUGACGAAGAACUUGGUGUAGGCUCCUCAGCAGUUCCGAAGUACCUGAAGAUAAUUGAGAAGUCGAAAAAAAUAGCCAAACAGGCAAGCCAUACGGCCUGUCAUCCUCCGUGA